UCAGCCUUAUAUCCACAUCUCAGCAGCCUCCAUGACGACCCGAUUCAGGAAGAAUAGGAAGAAGCGAGGCCACGUGAGCGCCGGUCACGGCCGCAUCGGUAAGCACCGAAAACACCCGAGCGGUCGUGGAAACGCCGGUGGUAUGCACCACCACCGGAUCCUCUUCGACAAGUACCACCCCGGGUAUUUCGGUAAAGUCGGGAUGCGCUACUUUCACAAGCUCCGCAACAAGUUCCAUUGCCCAAUUGUUAACAUCGACAAGCUCUGGUCCAUGGUUCCCACCGAAGCCAAAGACGCGGCGUCGAAGGAUAAAGUGCCCGUGAUUGAUGUUACGCAGUUCGGAUACUUUAAGGUUUUGGGCAAGGGAGUUUUGCCGGAAAAUCAACCGGUGGUUGUUAAGGCUAAGCUUGUGUCGAAGAUAGCUGAGAAGAAAAUUAAGGAGGCUGGUGGUUCUGUUUUGCUCACUGCUUAGGGUUUGUGGAAUCUUUUAAAAUAUUUUCGAUUUUCAUAUGCUAUUGAGCUUUGGACCUUGAUUUUGUAAUGGAUAUUGUUAAAUUUUGGAGUUCAAUUAAUAAUUAUUAUUGGAAGUAGUUUGUUAUUGUCAUA